UUUUCUCCCCAUAUUGGCCCUGCCUUCCAGGCUUGCACCACUCGGUAACAGAUCGAACAAGCAUCUCUCUCUCCCCCUCCCUCCCUCUCUCUCUGAGAGAUCGUCUGCUUGUUCGUGAAAAUGUUCAAAUUCUUGAAGGGCGUGGUUGCUGGAUCUGGGGCGGGGAUAAAGGAUCUACCGUACAACAUCGGAGAGCCAUAUUCUUCUGCUUGGGGUUCAUGGACUCACUAUCGUGGUACUUCUAAGGAUGAUGGGUCUUUGGUUUCUAUAUUCUCUCUCUCAGGAAGUAAUGCCCAAGAUGGGCACUUAGCUGCUGGUCGCAAUGGUGUCAAACGCCUCCGCACGGUUAGGCAUCCAAACAUCUUAUCAUUUCUUCAUAGCACUGAGACCGAGACUUUUGACGGUUCUAUUACAAAGGUUACUAUCUACAUUGUAACUGAGCCUGUCAUGCCACUUUCUGAGAAGAUAAAAGAAUUGGGUUUAGAAGGUACACAAAGGGAUGAGUAUUAUGCGUGGGGAUUGCACCAGAUAGCUAAAGCUGUUAGCUUUCUGAAUAAUGAUUGUAAACUGGUUCAUGGCAAUGUCUGCUUGUUCAGUGUUGUUGUGACACAAACUUUGGAUUGGAAGUUGCAUGCUUUUGAUGUGUUAUCUGAAUUUGAUGGGAACAGUGAAGCUUCUACUGGGCCAAUGCUGCAAUAUGAAUGGUUAAUUGGAUCACAAUACAAGCCAAUGGAGCUGUCAAAGUCUGACUGGGCUCUAAUCAGAAAAUCUCCACCAUGGGCCAUUGAUUCAUGGGGAUUAGGUUGUCUUAUUUAUGAACUUUUCUCUGGUAUGAGAUUGGCAAAAACGGAGGAUCUACGUAACACUGCUUCCAUUUCAAAGUCUCUACUUCCAGAUUAUCAGAGACUAUUGAGUUCUACUCCUGCUCGCAGAUUGAAUGCUUCAAAGCUUAUAGAUAACAGUGAAUAUUUUCAGAAUAAGUUGGUAGAAACUAUACAGUUCAUGGAAAUUCUGAAUUUGAAAGAUAGUGUUGAGAAGGACACCUUUUUCCGUAAACUUCCAAACUUGGCUGAGCAGCUUCCUCGCCAAAUUGUUCUGAAGAAGUUACUUCCUUUGUUAGCAUCUGCUCUAGAAUUUGGUUCAGCUGCAGCUCCUGCCUUAACUGCAUUGUUGAAAAUGGGCUCAUGGCUUUCAACUGAAGAAUUCAAUGUUAAGGUACUUCCAACAAUUGUGAAACUCUUUGCCUCCAAUGAUCGAGCUAUUAGAGUAGGCCUUCUGCAGCACAUAGAGCAAUUUGGUGAAUCAUUGUCAACUCAAGUUGUAGAUGAGCAAGUAUAUCCUCAUGUUGCCACUGGGUUUUCUGAUACUUCUGCUUUUCUCCGGGAAUUAACAUUGAAGUCUAUGCUCCUUCUUGCUCCCAAGCUCUCUCAACGUACUAUUUCGGGAUCUUUGCUCAAGUAUCUUUCGAAGUUACAGGUAGAUGAAGAACCAGCAAUUAGAACAAAUACCACCAUCCUACUGGGGAACAUUGCUGGAUAUCUUAAUGACGGGACAAGGAAAAGAGUGUUGAUUAAUGCAUUCACUGUUCGUGCGUUGCGUGAUACUUUCUCUCCAGCUCGUGGAGCAGGAAUUAUGGCUUUAUGUGCUACAAGUUCAUAUUAUGACACAACGGAGAUUGCAACUCGAAUUUUGCCAAAUGUUGUUGUUCUUACUAUUGAUCCUGAUGGUGAAGUUAGAUCAAAGGCCUUUCAAGCAAUUGAUCAAUUUUUACAGAUAGUGAAGCAAGAUCAUGAGAAGAUAAAUACAGGGGAUGCCAGUGGAACUUCAAGCAUUGGAAUCCCAUCAAUACCUGGAAAUGCAAGUUUACUUGGAUGGGCCAUGAGCUCUUUGACACUCAAGGGUAAAGCUUCUGAACAAGCUCCUCUUGCCUCAGCAAAUACAAGCACCCCUCUUGCUUCUGCUACUUCCAGCACUAGCUUAGUGGUGGAUACUCCAGAUACGGUGGUACUCCAUGCAAAUUUGGGUAGUGAUUUGACUGAUCAGGCUGCACCCUCAUCUCCAACAUCAACGGAUGGUUGGGGAGAGCUUGAUAAUGGAAUCAAUGAAGAUCAUGAUAGUGACAAAGAUGGGUGGGAUGAUGUUGAGCCACUUGAGGAGCAGAAACCGCCUCCAGCCCUUGCAACAAUUCAAGCUGCUCAGAAACGGCCAGUUUCUCAACCAAAACCUCAAGUUACAGGUGUGCGGACCAAAAAUGUGGUUAAGGCAACCAAGGUGGAAGACGAUGAUCUAUGGGGUUCUAUUGCUGCACCUGCUCCACAAACAUCAUCAAAACCUCUGAAUUUGAAGCAGGCAGCAAUGCAUGAUGAUGAUGAUCCUUGGGCUGCCAUUGCUGCACCCCCACCUACUACAAAGGCAAAACCUUUGUCUGCUGGCAGAGGUCGAGGAACCAAAGCCGCUGUUCCAAAACUGGGUGCCCAAAGGAUAAACCGGACAUCCUCUACUGGACUCUAAAUUUCAAAUUAGUAGGUAACAAGGAUGAGGCAGUAUGAAGGAGAAAUGGUUUGAUUUUUUUUUCAGUUUUUUUUUUUUGGGUGGCCAAGCGCUGGUCUGUGGCAAUAGAGACUUAAAUUGUAAUAUUCUUUCCUUAUAUUUAGUUUAUAAUAUUUUCAGUCAAUGUAUUGUAGAGAACCCAAUUUGAAAUCAGUUACAGGAUGUGUAUUUCCAGGUUCUAUUUACGGCGAAAAAUAACAUUCUUUUUGGAAA